AUGGAUACAAUCCUGCUUAUUUGCUUGAGCAUUAUAGUCUUAAUAUUAUCAUUUGCUAUUUGGAUUGGAGUAUUUAAAGAAGUCACAAUUAAAGAAGAACUAUUUCAUGGCGGUACCUUCAUAUAUAAAGAUAUAAAAUGCCAUAUCAGCUAGAUUGGGUAAGCCUUCAAUUCCAUGUUUAGAGAUCAGGAAAAAUAUAAGGAACAUCAAGUCAGAAAAUUCACCUUCCCUGCUCUCGGUAUAUAUUAUGAUGAUCCACAUAAUCUUGUUGAUCCAACUUAAAAUCGUUCAUCUGUUGGAUUUUUAGUUUAGUACAAGGAUGAUAAAGUUGUUGAGUUUUACUAGAAUCUGGGAUAUAAGAUAAAAGUUCUCCCUCAAACUAAGAGCAUUUACGGAGAUUUCCCUUGCAAAUUAAGACUCUCCUGCAUGAUUGGUGCCUAAAAAUUCUACCCUGCUAGUUUGAAAUAUAUGGGCUAAAAUAAGGAAAGGUUAGGCAGCUAAAUGAACGAGCUUUCAGGCUCUGCAGAACUCAUCCAAGAUGGAAAGAUUAAAUACUACUUCCCUCUAGAGAACAAAAAGGAUUUCUAUUUGACGCCAGAUCCCAGACCAGAAUAAAAAAAUCUGUACAAGUACAAAGAUCAGAUUGAGAAAAGUUCCAAGAAAAAUUAAUGA